ACGGUUGUGGGCCAGACAGAUGAUGUGACUGCCCAGUGCCAGAUGUCCACGGAGGUUGGGGAAACUGCCGCAGGCAGAGGAGGGCAAGGUCUGAGGAUGCCCACGUGUCCUGGCAGAGUGUGAUAUUCAUCACCAGAUGCCAUCUGAGCCCAGUGGAGAGGAGCAACAGGAGCCACCUAGAGCUGUGUUUCUGAAGCCAGAGCCAUGACCUGACACCCUGAUGCUACUGUCAGGGCCUCUGUGCAACUGGCACGUGCACCAUGGAACUCAAAGUGUGGGUGGAUGGAGUUCAGAGGAUCGUCUGUGGGGUCACGGAGGUCACGACUUGCCAGGAGGUUGUGAUAGCCUUAGCCCAAGCCAUAGGUCGAACUGGAAGGUACACCCUUAUAGAGAAAUGGAGAGACACUGAACGUCACUUGGCACCACAUGAAAACCCCAUUGUGUCCUUAAACAAGUGGGGGCAGUAUGCUAGUGACGUGCAGCUCAUCUUGCGUCGGACUGGGCCAUCUCUCAGUGAGCGACCCACCUCAGACAGUGUGGCCCGCAUUCCUGAAAGAACUUUGUAUCGACAGAGCCUGCCCCCGUUAGCCAAGCUUCGGCCUCAGGUAGACAAGUCCAUCAGAAGGAGAGAGCCUAAAAGAAAGUCUCUCACCUUCACAGGAGGGGCCAAAGGGCUGACGGACAUAUUUGGAAAAGGUAAAGAGACUGAGUUUAGGCAGAAGGUGCUGAGUAACUGCAGGGCAACAGCAGAGGAGCUGACAAGGCUGAUCCGGCUGCAGACGGGGAAGCUGCAGGCCAUCGAGAAGCAGCUGGAGUCCAGUGAGGCAGAGAUUCGAUUCUGGGAGCAGAAGUACAGCUGUACCCUGGAAGAAGAGAUUGUCCGCCUAGAGCAACGGAUCAAGAGAAAUGACGUGGAGAUCGAGGAGGAAGAGUUCUGGGAAAACGAAUUACAGAUCGAGCAGGAGAACGAGAAGCAGCUGCAGGAUCAGCUGGAGGAGAUGAGGCAGAAAGUGGCCGACUGUGAAGGCAGGCUGAAGGACUACCUGGCCCAGAUCCACACGAUGGAGAGUGGUCUCCAGGCAGAAAAACUGCACCGGGAAGUUCAGGAGGCACAGGUCAACGAGGAGGAGGUGAAAGGAAAGAUCGAAAAGGUCAAGGGGGAGGUGGACCUUCAAGGACAGCAGAGCCUGCGCCUGGAGAACGGAAUUAGAGCGGUGGCGAGGUCUCUGGGGCAGGCCACCAAGCGGUUACAGGACAAGGAGCAGGAGCUGGAGCAGUUGACCAAAGAGCUGCGGCAGGUCAACCUCCAGCAGUUCAUCCAGCAGACAGGGACCAAGGUCACCGUGCUGCCGGCCGAGCCCACUGAAAUCGAGGCCUCGCAGGCAGACAUAGAGACAGAGGCACCUUUCCCGUCUGGGUCCCUGAAGCGACCUGGUUCAUCACGGCAGCUCCCCAGUAACCUCCGUAUCCUGCAGAACCCUGUCUCCUCCGGUUUUAACCCUGAAGGCAUCUAUGUAUAGCACUGUCUUUGGGGGAGGAUUCAGCGAAGGCGCCAUGGACAGUAAGGUCCUUCAGUCUUGUGCCAACUGAACAGAGCAACUGUUCCCAAGCCGUGUCCUCUCUCCCGGCCACUCGGAGCCACGCCCCGUGCACUGAUGCUCCACAUGGAGUCCGUUCUCUUCACAGUAUUCACGUGUGGUCCGCAGCUGGAACGCAAAGCCUUCAUUUUUAUUUGUAGCAUUUUGAGAGCAUAGGAAAGCACUAAUCUAUGUUUGUACACGAAUACACCCUGAAUUAAGAGUAAAGAAGUUAUGUGACUGCUUAGUUUAAUUUAUUCCAUGUAAUUGAUUAAUGUAUGAAUGUUGCUCCUUAAUAUUUUAUUAAUGCUUGCCCUGUGACGGUUCUGUUACAUGUUGUGGGUUCCAACUGUGUUGACAGACUCCAUCUGAGCUUUGCCCGUGCACAGCUGCGCGGGCCUCGCGGACGCGCCACCAUCCAGACUGCCUCCACGGAGCCCACUGCACUUACGUGCAGCCUUCUUAGCCCUUUCGUAAGUGAGAUAAUUCAGCUUGCUUUCUAGUCUGGGAGUUAAUCGUUUCUUUACAGUAUUCCAAACAUGGCAUCACAGAAAUACCGUUAACGAGGUAAAUUGUUUGUGUAAAAUGUUUGUGAUCACAGCGGUCCUGGUGCACUCUGGGAGGCUCUCCUGCCUUACUGUCUCCUCCCGUGGGUCCUCGUGUCUGAUAGAACAUGAGGAGGAGAGGUCCCUGGGGAUCGGGUUGGUGCACAUUGGGAACCAUGCGCCAGUGACCACUUCAGAACAAGCCACUUCCUCUGUGAACUUCAUGCCAUGCACAGCCGGGUGAGUGCUGCUCGCCAUGACUCCAAUGUGGACUGCGUGCUUUCUCUAGACAUGGAGACAGGAGAGAGUGCUGUGGUCCGGUAGUUUUUUUACCAAGGACAUAAAAUUAAAUUCAGAGUAUGUUUUUUUUAUUUUUAAGUUUGACUCUAUAGGAUAUUAGUCUCCAUUUAUAUUUAUAUCAUCUGUGUACAAAGCCAAAAAUGAGUCAGCCCUGUUGUCGUGAGCAGUGACUUGAUGGCGUCCACCAGGAACAUUCAGACAGGUGCUGUCAGGUGCCUCACAGCCCUCACCUUCUCCUGAGUAAAUGGGUACAACGUGACUAAGACUUUAAUCUGAGAGUUAAAGUAGCUUUUAAUCCUGAGGAGAAUGCACCCUCUGUGUUGUUUACAUGCAGUGACAUGAGCAUGGUUAGGACAGUAGUGCCAUCCCAUCACGCAAGGCAGUUGAGGGUGCACACACACCCAGCCUGAUGAAUGUUUAAUGAAGCCGAGAAUGCUGCUUUAUUUUGGUUUCCAGUGAAAAGAUUUAAGAAUGACUGUGAAGUAGUAGACACUUCUAGAGAACUGAAAUUCGUGCAAUGUUGCCUUCUUACCCAACUGCAUCGCAGACUUCAACUGAAUGCUGACUUGCCCAGUAGGUCUUGCUCUCACCGCUUUGCAGAUGACUUGAGAAGUAAAUUCUUUCCGAAGUAACCAUCACCUGGACACAUUUGCUCCAGAUUGUAACAGUUGUUUCAUAUCUGUAUACAUUUAAAAGUAAUUAUUCAAAGUCAGAGUAAUUGGCAGCUUUGGUGACACCGGUGAGUCCACAUGCCCAGGACCUACCUUACUCGCAGACUCUUCCUCUGAGUCGCUGCGUUGUUCAGCUACGUUGAAACCUUGUUCAUAAACGAAAACAUUGUACAAAUGGCUUAUCUUUGAUUUAAACCAAAUGUUAGCUGCAGGUAGGUUAAAUUCUAUGAAAACACGAAAGAUGAAGCUGGGCGUAGUGGCUCACGAUGGCGGUUCUAACACUCAGGAGGCUGAGGCAGGACUGCUAGCAUGGGGUCUGGUGUGAGACCCUGUGGAAAGAGGGAGAACUGCACACGUCCCUUGGGAUUCCUGGCAGGGCACUGUGCACAGCACACUCAGCUGUGAACGGCCAGACUUAACUAGGAACCUAAGCAGGAUGGCUCACCCCACCAGCUCCCAGCAGUACUGGCCUCCACCACUGUCACCUCUGAACUUAGCCGGCUGCCAUUCAGGCCUCCCUGCCCUCCUGACAGGCGAAUGCAGCCAUACGAGUUCACAAACACGUGAGUAGCGAGCGGUGCUGUGUACCAGUCACAGGACCUUCGCAGGCACACCACUGUCAAGUGUUUUCUAAAUCCUUUUUUAGCUCGGGGAAAACAACUAAUUUGUGUAGGAACAUCUGAAAAUAUUUUAGUCUGCUGUCACAGUCUUUGCCUACUGUGACUGUAAAUGAAUUGGCUUUUGAACCCUACCUCUGGCAUAUGUCAGAGGGGUGCAGCCAAUGGUAUUCAAAAACUACCAAAUAUAAGUUUGCAUAUGGAAAAAUAUACAGGUUCUAAAUAAUAAAUUAGAUCACAAGUUUUUGUGGCUUUUUAAUUAGUACUGCAGGUUAUACUAUGUGGUUUUUCUACAGGUAUUAACUCUAUUACAAGUUUUUUUCUUACCAAUGAAUAAUUUGAAUAUCAUUGGUCUCUUUGACCUAUAGAGCAUCCUCUUUCUCAGAGAAUCACCCACAGUGGGUUACCUCAGUUUUGUUGUGUGUCUUUUCAUUUCCUUUCUAUUGUAGCUGUGAGUGUUCCUCCAGUGAACAGGGACGUUUUGUAUGUGAGGCUUCAGUUGACAGGAGUUGCCCUCUGACCAUGCAGGUUGAUGGACAGCCAUCAGGGAGCAGUUGACAGGAGUUGCCCUCUGACCGUGCAGGUUGAUGGACAGCCAUCAGGGAGCAGUUGACAGGAGUUGCCCUCUGACCGUGCAGGUUGAUGGACAGCCAUCAGUGAGCAGCCAGAGCUCCAUCCAGCAGUCUGCACAGUGAAGCUGCAGCUCGCCGUACUCCACAUGGAGUGUAGCAGCACAGACUGACAGCUGAGACGGUGCAGUCCUGUGGUGACCACAGAGGCCUUCAGAGACAAGAACUCUUCACUUAGAGUGACAUCUGGGAACACCUUUCCAAGUUAGGACCUUGAUAGAUUGAGGAAACAAUGUGGAAAAGACAAAGACCUGAUUUCAGGCAGGCACAGAGAGACAGGCAGUUAGCAUUGGAUGUUGCCUUUGACGGGUUAGGCCUUAAUGUAUAUUAAAAGAUGCUCUGUGUGCUUCCCCAGCACACGCCUGUCUUGAUUGGUAGAUACUGUGGUGAGGCCAGCUCGGAAGUAUUCCUUCUGUGUCGUGCCAGUGUUUUUAAGUUGUAUGUUCGUACUGUCUGCUGUGGUGUUUUUAAGUCCCAGGAGAAGGCUGCCGGCUGUGUCGAGUCACGGCCAUCAGUAUUCACUCAGUAUUGCUGCUCCACAUUUUCCCAGUGCGCCUUCCAUGCCAGGACAUGGCUGCGUCAGUCGCGGGAGCGCCUUCCCGUUCAUUUUAUAUAUUUUUAGAAACCAAAUGAUGGCGAUGGCUAUGUAGUGUAUUGUUAAACCAGCAGAACUCUAAAGGCAAUAAACACAUGCAUAUAUAUAUGGGGGGGGAAGGAGUGGAAAUACAGGUUUACAGCCAGAUACGGUGAUAGCCCUUCAGUGUAUUUCUCUGUCUUCACUGACCUAGAAGGAUUUGAGUUGCUGCAGCUCUAGUCAAAAUGUCCACGUUUGCUGAUUGUGGGCCAUAAAUAUGCUUUUAGCACUGCUUUGCUGAUGUAUAAAUAAGAAAUCUGUAAUAUGUACCAUAUGUAAUUAUUUUCUUUUGACUUUAUUUCAAAAUGUAUAUUUUCUGAUUAUUAUCAUGAGCUAUAAAGCAAAAAGAUCAAUAUCUGAUAUUCUCCCAAAUAAUAAAUUUUCAAGACUCAUUGGGGCAAUACAA